UUGUCGUUGCUCAUGAUUCCUUCGUCUAUCGUCCUAUGUGUCUAGUUACGCGUCUCUACAUUCUGAAUGACGGCAUGAAGGAUCACGAGCCAUGGUUGUUACCCUUUUUCGAAAGAUAUGGACGAAUCCGUCGUGAGCAGUUGUCAGGUUAAGACCACUCGUCGUUGCCUGAGAAGUCGUUCUGGAAAGUAUAUAACCACUUAGGGAUCACAUGUUUAUCCCAAUGUUUCUUGUGCACCAUCAACUUGUAUUCAACUCACCACUCAACACUUGCUUUGAAAUACACCGCACCAGUUCAGACCAACCGACAACAUGUUCAUUUCCUCACCCAGCUCUCACCAUAACACAUCUUUCGAGCCUAUGGAUGCUUUCCCAAAGAUACCUGUCAAACAACGUCAACUCUAUUACAACCGUUCAUCAUACAAGGAUUCAUCAGAUAUCAUGAAGCAGCCAGUUUGCUUCCCUAACCCACCACGACCACCAACACCUGGACCUCCACGACCCGACCCGCCAAUGCCACCUAAUCCCCCGACACCAACCCCGCCACCUAGUCCUCAGCAACUUCUAUCCUGCAGUAUUGGCCGACAGUCAUCUAUUCUCGCCUCCGAAGCUGAGCCUAUUCGAUGUCCUUAUCCUAACCCACCCCCAAGCCCAGGUCCCCGGCGCCCGGGUCCGGUUCGCCCAAGACCGGACGUGCCAACACCGCCCCCGAGCCCUCGUAGAUCUGCCAACCCUUGGAUAUUGUCUACCAUGUCCAGUCUGGUGGACCUUGCUCUGAUGUAUCUCGUGUUAACCACGUGGAAUGCAGAUGGAGUCACCGAGGAUGCAGGGCUCGCAUCAGAGGUUGAUGUAUGCUCUGAGCGGCACAGCAAGAGUAAUCAUGGCCCGGAACUCACUGAAGUUCCUCCUGUCAUCAAGGUGCACUAGAGACUCCACGUGUUUAGCGUCGCAUCGCAAUCUUCACAUGCAAGGCAGACAUAUACACAACAAGGACUCAGGGGUGGCAGUGGUUACUAAUACAUUCACGACAGCGCUCAGCGAAGACGGCCUGAUUGUCCCAAACACCAUCAUCCCUCUGGCGCUUAGCUAGGAAGCUCAAAAACUCCAUUAGCGAUUGGGAGCAUCAUACUACUCCCUUGACAUUAUUGACGGCCUUUAAGGGUGUCUGUCUGAGUGCGACCCUGGUCGGUAGGGCUGACUGUUAAACCCUGCGCCUUCGCCGAUUGGAUGGUCCCCUUCGGAAGGAGCUUUAGGAAGGAAUUCCCGGGGAUAAUCAGCCUACCAAGGCCCAAUUCCAACAACCUUAUUCGUCACAACCAUUAUUUCAAUUCAACAACACACCGAUGCAAGGCGGAGCCUUCACCUUGAGCUGCUUUCUCUGUUUUCUCAUUCGCUGUUUCGUCUCAGUUUUCAAUUUCCUUUGACUUUCUCGAUUCGGAAGUCGUUAUCUCCCAUUGGCUAAGUAGCAUCCUUUCUUUUCUUAUU